AUGGACCAGGUUCCGAUCCUGCGUCAGAUCUCCCUGCACGCACAGAAUGAUGUGUCUUUGGCCGUGCUGGAACACAACAAGGAGAAGCCUGUGCAACUGUCAUAUGCCGAGCUGAAACGCUGUGUGGUGUUCUUGUCUGCCAGCCUCAAGAAGAUCUUGGAUGCCUCCGAUGGACCAAGGCACGUGGCCUUCUUCAUCAACCCGUCAGCAGCGCCGGGAGCUUAG